AGUAUUCAGUUGGAUGUUGAAUUGAGAAGACGUUAACAACCAAGAGCUAUAUCUUUCCACCUUUUAAAAUUGUUACUAUUUUGUUUGAAUAAAAUGAAGCCCUUAUCUGAAAUAUCAUACAUCGACUUUGAAGCCGAAGAUCCGGUGGCAAUGUUUUCCCAUAUUAUGGAAUUAUACAAUGAACUGCCGCAUAAAAACCCGCUUCCACUUAAUAUGGCCACAGUUGAUGCAGAAUUUGGUGCUCUUAAUCGUACUGUGAACUAUCGUGGAUUGACAUCUGAUAAACAUGUUACAAUAGUCACACAAAGAGAUAGUCGAAAAUAUGCUAACAUUAUGAAGGAUUCAAGAACUACGAUCACAUUCUAUCUAGAAACACCAUUGAAUUCUGAAGGAGAUGUAUCACAGUGGCAGAUUCGUCUAUUCGGAAAAGCUAUCGAACUAAGUCCUCAAGAAAUUUCAAAUCUUUGGAAUGAAGAAACAGUUUUUGCCAAAAUUCGAAGUCGGAUUUGUGAUUGUGGAAAACCUAUUGAUUACCCAAAACUUAAAGAAGCUCAUGAUAGGUAUUUGAAAGCCUACGAAAAUGGAGAAGAUUCUUUACCUCAAACGCAAUUAUUUACCGCUUUCAAAAUCGUACCUACAAUUUGGGAUUUCUAUAAAUCUGAUCCGAAUUGUAUAGGAGAUCGAAUUCAAUAUCGAAAAAAUGAAUCUGCUGAUGGAAACUGGACUAAAAUGCAUGUAGCGGCUUAGAUUUAUGUACAUUAGUUUAAUACUUUAAUCUCUUCUUGAUAUUAUUUUAAAAAUAAACACAUACUUAAAUUCUUAUG